ACGUACCCAGCCGGGGAGAACUGCGGUCAGUUGUAUUUGAUUUCCCGUACGCGUCGGGUUCAGCCCUCGCUCCUCUGUUACAAACCAAUCGUUCCUGGCUAAUUUGACACAAAAUAAAAGGGUUGACGGCUUUGGAGGUGCAUCUUGGCAUGAGAUCAAGCUGAAAAGAUGAAGUACACAGUCCAAAACAAGGCGUUGUGCCUCUUGAGCAUCAUUCUCGUCCACACGGCUCUCGGCUCGCCGGUCGUCAAGAGGGACGUCUACUCGAUAGCAGGAGAUGACGGUUACAUCGACGGAGUUGCAGACCAAAGACAGCUGAGCCUUUACGACGCGGACGUCUUCGGAGGCGAAGCGCACGAGAACGGCGCCAGGGAGAAGCGUCUGCUUAAGCUGAAAGCCCUCGGAGUCGGAGCGGGACUUAAAGCCGCGGGAGCAGGGCUUAAAACUGUCGGCGUCCUGGGUGCGAAAGCCGUAGGAAAAACAGCUAUCAAAGCCGCCACGACUGUAGGAGUCAAAGUCGCCAAAGCAGCCAUCACCAUCGGAAUAGCCAAACUCCUCCUCAGUCUCGUAUUUGGUAAAAUCAACCAGUUGAUUGACUUUAAAACGAGACUGCUCGGCAGCUCGGGAUCAGGAGGCGGACUUCUGAGCAGCAGUACGUCUCUUUCUUCGGGUAGCGGAGGCGGCGGCGGUGUCGGAGCGAGCGCUUCUGUCAAUGCUGAUGAUGGCAGUCUCCACGCCGAGGCCGGUGCGUCUGUCGGCACCGAUUCAGAGGGGCUGCUGGACAUCGACCCGAAUAAAGUGUCUCUCCAAGUGCCCAACGAGUUCAUCAGUGGUGGUUUCAAUGUUGUAAACAGAGCUGCACCUGUAGUCGGCGAAGUUAUACAGAAAACGGCGCAAAGAAUCCUGAGGGUGGCAGUUGGCCUGAAGCCGAUCCUGGGCAGUUCCCUCGGCUUCAAGGCGGUCAAAAGGCAGGUGGAGAACAGCGAAUACGCGCCGAGCGAACCAGAAGAAGAGUCUCUGGUACCAGAGGGCGAAGACAUCCCUGCCGAGCCGAGCUCACUGAGGAGGAGCUUCGUCGCACUGUCUGAGCGUUGACAGUACACUGAGCGUAGUCAUUUUCCACCAAAUGAAAAUUGCUUUUCAAUUUAGGAAUAAAUUAUGGGACUUUCUGAAGGAAAUCAUUCGUUUUUGAGUUCCUACUUCGAAUUUAAAUUCUCGUUUAGGAGGAUGGACAUCGUUUCAAAAAUUUUGUUUUUACGAUAUAUAAAAGUAGUAGACCCUAAACCAUAGAUUCCCUUCAAAUGAAGAAGAAAUGUCAAUUUUUGGUAUAUAAAGAAUUUUUUUUAAAUUAUCUAUUUCAGUAGAUUUCUGUAGAUAUUAUCAUCCAAAUAAUUAUCAACUAAAAGCCGACAUGACAUUAAAUUCUAUAUACUAUGUUUAACAAUAAUUUCUUCAAGAGAAUUCUGUAUAUAUUUUAAAGCUUUUUAUCUUAAUACUCAUUA